AUGAGCGCUCGUCUGGAACAACCACUCAACAUAGGCUUCACCUUUGACCAAAAAUCUGCAUAUCUCGCUGAAGGUUACUCGGAGGCAGAGUGCAUCGUGCUCGACUCGGACGAGACCAUAGAGAGUAUCGCAUCUGCACUCUCGCUGUUGGGCAACGUUGAUAAGAUCGGUAACAUCAAGUCACUGGUGCGACGGCUUGCUCAAGGGCAGAGCUGGGACGUCGUCUUCAAUAUGUGCGAGGGCUUAUCUGGCAGUGCGCGUGAAGCACAGGUUCCUAGCCUCUUGGAGGCACACCGCGUCAACCACGUUUUUUUCCAACGCCUCAACUUACUCCGUAUGCAUGAACAAGGCGACAACCAAGUCCGUACUUACCAGAUGUCCCUCUCCGUUGCCAUCGCGAGCUCUGUACAGAAAGCCGCGCUCGAGACUUUGCCGCUCUUCGUCAAGCCCGCCUGCGAAUGCUCUGGCCAAGGUGUGGAUAUUUCUUCCCUGAUCACCCGCGAAGACGACUUUCCCGCGGUCAUUUCAAGCCUCACAAAACGCUUCCCGGAGCAGGACUUGUUGGUCGAGAAAUUUCUAUCAGGAAGGGAGUUCACAGUCGGUAUCAUCGGGACAGCGGAGCUUGCCGUUGUCAUCGGUGUUACCGAGCUCGUGUUCAGACCCACAUCGGCAUCCCCUUUGGGGAAUCCUCAUGCUCGCGAGUGCAGUAUUUACGGCGCAGCGGAGAUGUCGGACUGGCAGCACUGCCCGCAUUACAUAUUCUAUGAUGUCGGUGGGUCAGUCGUCGACCAUCCGGCGAUUCGCAUGUUGCAACAGAGAGGCGUCGCAUCUCGAAUCCGCCCCAUGGAUCAGGUCAUCGCGGACGUUUCCGAGAUAGCUCUUCGGGCAUGGCACGCCCUUGGGUGCCGUGACGGCGGUCGGGUAGAUGUCCGGUAUGACCGGAUGGGAACCGAUGCGAAGCCUCAUGUCAUAAAGGUCGGCUUGAUCCAGGGUCUCCGGUAA